AUGCCUCCUCCCCCAUCCCCUCCCCUCUCCCCUGGUGCCUGCAAAGGCACCUUAUUCAUCCACCAAGCCCCGGCGACCACUUCCGAUGAUAGACCUCAACUCAAGAGGGCUCGCCUUAAUAAGGCUCAUCGUCAAGACCAAAACGACGCCAUUGACAGCGCAGUCGAAGGUCAAGAGAAGAUGGAACGAGUCAGACAGCCCCUGGGAGUUAUUGAUGGAAACAUCUUUAACCCAGCUGGAAGCAACAACAAGGGCUAUGGUGGUAUCAUACCUGCAUCUGAGUCAAAAUCAUAUGAUGAUGAGGAGAAUGAAGGAUCUCUUCGUGCCCGACCCUCUAAUGAUAACGGGAUGAACUCAGACGAUGAUCGACAUCAAUCCAAGAGGGUUCGCCUUAACAAGGCUCGUCAUCGGGACAGGAAUGAUAAAUCAUCUGGUGAUGUGGAGGACGAAGGAUCUCUUCGUGCCGGACCUGAUGAUAAGGAGGACGAAGGAUCUCUUCGUGCCGGACCCUCUGGUGAUAACGGGAUGAGCUCAGACGAUGAUAUGUCUGAAGUGGAAUAUUCAGAGGCUGAAGACUCGGAGGAUCUCCAGUCUGAAGCCGACGAUAUCGCCCAUCUCCCCGCUGUCAAUGAUGAUCCAAAACAAGAGGAUAUCAGGGUUUUGGACGAGCGUCGGAGAUUGGCCGAUAUUGCGGAAGCCCACAGGGCUAAGCCUUCACUUGCCGAAACAUAA